GUGUCAUGGCGGCUGCUGGCUGUCAACUCAAAACUUUGAACUCGACAAACUUUCUAAACAGAUAAAAUGUCUUUAAACAUGUCUUUAACUCUGCUGACAGCUGCUUCCACCUCACACCCUCUAAACCUCACCGGACACCAGAUGAGUACUACCAGUCUAUAAGUCAUUAAAGGUCCUUUAGAGAGUCUUGUCAUCAUGCUGGGCUGUCUGCGCUACUGUGUGAGCCACUGCCUCCGGGCAGCGAUGACCCGGCUGGAGGAGGUGAACGGAGAGGUGAGCAGCCGCUCGUCUGUCCGCUGGCUGGGCUACCUGUCCGGCUUCAACCUGCUCGUCGCGCUGUGUCUGGGUCUGUACGCCCGCUGGGAGAGGACCCUGGACACGUCUCUGCUCGUCAUCUUCAUCCUGGCUCUCGUCGUGCCCCUGAUAGCUAGCAUAGUGUACUACUACUUCAACAUGGAGAGGGUCAGCCUCAGUAUACUCCACCUGUGGUUCGGCUUCUUGCUCGGACUUCAGUGUUUCUUCCACACACCUGCUGCUGCUAACCUGGACCGAGACGUGAAGGAGCAGGCGGCCAACUACCUGCUGCUGGCCAGCGUGUCUCUGCGGACUCUCUGGGCGCUUCUGGAGAGGCUCUUCGGAUGCACCAAGUACAAACCCGCCUUCCUGACCUCUGCAGAGCGGCUGGAGCUGCUGGGGUUCACCGCUGCCAGCACCUCACUGCUCUUCCACAAGUCUCUGAGUGUCAUGGUGCUGGUUGUGGCUCUGGCAACUCUCAUGGUUGCUCUCCGGAUGAAGGCUGUUCUGGCUCUACCUAACUUAAUCUGCUUCUCCAUCAUCACCUCUGUGCUCUUCUUCCAGGCGCUGGACAUCACCACCAACCCCUUUGCACUCGCCUGCUUCUUCAGCCAGCUCAUCUGCGACCCCUUACUGGAUGUUUACUUCAGUGGGCUCUCUGUGAUUGAACGCUGGCAGCCUUUCUUAGUAUGGAGAGCUCUGUGGCGGAGGAUGUCCUUGCUGCCUCUGCUGCUGGUGGAGGUGACCUUCAUCAUCCUGGCUGCGAGGAAGCUGAACGCCUUGGACCACCAGUGGUACCUGAUGAUCCCAGGCUUUGUGGUCUGCGUGAUCUUCUGGCUCAUCUGCCACUUGGUGUUUGUCAUCACAGUGUGGGGCUUCCACACCAAGCUCAGUGAAUGCCAGAGGCUGUGCUUGUCCCAGGGGUCAGGGGUCAGCGGCCUAGACAAGGUCAUGGCAUCAAAGGGGAUGAGACACUUCUGCCUCAUCUCUGAACGCCUGGUGCUCUUCUCGCUGGUGUCAACUGUUGCUGUUGCUGCUCUUUGUUGGCAGGCCUCCAGCAGCAUCUUUGUGAGCAUGUUCCUGCUUGUCCUGCCUUUGGAGUCUCUGUUCCACGGCCUUUUCCACGAGCUCGGGAACAGCCUGGGUGGAACCUGUGUGGGCUACGCGGUGGUCAUCCCCACCAACUACUGCAGUCCUGACGGCCAGCCCACGCUGCUGCCUCCAGGCCAGGUUCAGGAGCUGAACAGACGUUCUACAGGCAUAUUGAACAAUGUGCAGCGCUUCUUCGCCCACCACCUGAUUGAGACUUUUGGCUGCGACUAUUCCCUCAGCGGGAUGACCCAGGAGGCUCUGCAGGCCAAGAUCAAACGCUUCCUGGAGCUACGCACGGCAGACGGGCCUCGCCACGACACCUACGUGAUCUUCUACAGCGGUCACAGUUACCACUCCGGAGAGUGGGCGCUGGCAGGAGGAGACACUCUUCGCCUGGAUACCAUCUUGGAGUGGUGGAGGGAGAAGAACAGCAGCUUCUGCUCGCGCCUCAUCUUGGUGCUGGACUGUGACCACUCGUCGGCGUGGGUGAGGGAGGUACAGAAGGUGGAGGGUCCGUAUGUGGCUGUGCAGGGAGCGACGCUCCUUCGAGUGACGGACGUCGAGCUGCAGGACCCCCCGCAGCUCGGAGACUUCACCGCUCAGUGGGUGGAGUAUAACUGCAACUCAAACAGCAACAUCCAGUGGUCUCAGCCGGGCAGGGCAGUUUCUGCCGCCUACGGCAUCUCCAAAUACUGGAGCGACUACACGCUGCACCUGCCCACAGGAAAUGAUGUUGCCAACCUCUGGAGCAUGUACUUCCCUCGGAUGACCUACCCGGUGGUACAGUUGGCGCUGUGGUCCGGCGUUUCCAAUGAGUUGGGGCUCUGCAGCAUUUGCCUGCGAUUUCUUAGGAGAGUCAAACUGAACUGGUUUCCACCGGCGAUACUGGACACUGGCCAAGGCUUCAAACUGGUCAGAUCAUAGAAAUAUGAAAACAGGCUAUUUUUGUAUUUUCUAAAAGGCGAAAGGCGAGUUUCUUGGACCCUUAAAAUAGGCAGCUAUUGGAUUGUUAACGCGCCGCUAACCAGUUUUCCUGUUAGUUACUGAAAAACAAAUCACUGACUGAUCAGUCGGUUUGAAAUUUAUCUAUUUAGUACCAGCUUUUAUACUCUUUGCGAUUUUUUCUAUUAAUGUGUGUUUUUAGCUUUGAUCUUAACAUUGAACACAUAUAUCAACGUGUGAGAUGAGACUCAGCACAUUGACUCUAUUUUGCACGUUUGCAUCGUAUUUACUGUUAGAUCUGAUUCCACCUUGAUUAUAAGAACAUUUGUGCCUUUUAUUGUAAAAAUCACCAAAGAACAUCCA